AUGGAAAUAUUAGAAGAGAUUGAAAUCUUAUCUGAUUAUUGUUUUUAUUUAGAAGAAUUAUAUGGAACAGCAGAUCUCAAUAUAGCAGAAAAUAUUUUAGCUGUUAUUAAAAAAUGUCAAAGUAGAACAGAGUUUAUUCAAAAAUUACAAAAAGUUAUGAAAUUUGAAGAAUCUAAUAAACUUGAAAGAUUUUAUGAAAUAUAUGAUCAAAGAAAAUUAUAUCAAGAACUAAAUGGAAAAGAAAUUGGAAAAUUAAGAAGUAAACGAUUUAAUGAAGAAUAUAAAAGAAGAAAAAUUAAUGAAGAAGACAAUAAAAUAAUAAGAAAAAAAGAUAGAGGAAGAACAAAUGAAAAGAGUUAUGAUAAAAAAAGAAUAAGUUCAGAAGAAAGAAAUGAAAUGGAAAAAUUAAUUGCAGCAGGAAUAAUGAAACAAUCAGAUUUACCAAUAGAAGAAAUUUUAAAAGAAGAAAUAACAAUAAAAGAUGUUAAAUUAAAUGAAGAAGAACCAAGAUUUCUUAAAGGGAAAAUUAAAGAAAUUAAUAAUUCAAAAAUAAAAGAAGUAGAAAAACAACCAGAAGGACAUUUACAAAGAAGUGCAAUAAUGGCAAUUCAAAUUGCAAAGAAAAGAAAAGAUAAAAAAGAAAAAAAAGAAGAAGAAAAAAUUGAAGGAAUUGAAAUUAAAGAUAAAAAAAGAAAAAAAGAAUUAGAAAUAAAUAUUAAAGAAAUUAAAGAUAUAAAAGAAAUUAUUAAAGAAAUAGGAAAUAUAAUACCAAAAGAAAAAGAAAAAAAAGAAUGGGAACAAAGAGAAGAAAAAAUAACAAAAGAAUUUAAAAAAAGUAAUGAAGAAAAAAGAAAAGAAUUACCAAUAUAUUUAAUGAAAAAUAAAUUAAUGGAAAGUAUUAAAAAAAAUCAAAUAAUUAUUCUUAUUGGAGAAACAGGAUGUGGUAAAACAACACAAUUAACACAAUAUUUAGAUGAAGAAGGAUAUAGUAAAAAAGGAAAAAUUGGAUGUACUCAACCAAGAAGAGUAGCUGCUAUUAGUGUAUCUCAAAGAGUUGCAGAAGAAAUGGGAGUAAAAUUAGGAGAAGAAGUAGGAUACAGUAUUAGAUUUGAAGAUAAAACAACAGAAAAAACAAGAAUUAAAUAUAUGACUAAUGGAAUGUUAUUAAGAGAAUAUCUUAUUGAUAAAGAUUUACCUCAAUAUAAAGUUCUUAUUCUUGAUGAAGCACAUGAAAGAACAGUUGGAAUAGAUAUUUUAUUUGGAUUAUUAAAAGAAACAAUUAAACAUAGACCAGAAUUUAAAUUAAUAAUAACAUCAGCUACAUUAGAUGCAAAUAAAUUUUCUAUAUAUUUUAAUAAAGCACCUAUUAUUUAUAUUCCAGGAAGAACAUUUCCAGUAGAAAAAUUAUAUUUAGAAGAACCAGAAAUGGAUUAUAUUCAAAGUGGAAUUGAAACUAUUAUGAAAAUUCAUCUUACACAACCACCUGGAGAUAUUUUAUUUUUUUUAACAGGUCAAGAAGAAAUUGAUUUUACUUGUUUAUUAAUUAAUGAAAAAAUUAAAAAAUUAGAUAAAAGAUAUCCUAAAUUAAUUGCUUUACCUAUUUAUGCUUCUUUAUCUACUGAACAACAAAAAAAAAUUUUUGAACCAGCACCACCUUUUACUAGAAAAUGUAUUAUUGCUACAAAUAUAGCUGAAACUUCUAUUACUAUUGAUGGAAUUUAUUUUGUUGUAGAUUCAGGUUUUGUUAAACAAAAAAUACAUAAUCCAAAACUUGGAAUGGAUCAAUUAUUAAUAACUCCAAUUAGUCAAGCUUGUGCUGAUCAAAGAGCUGGUAGAGCUGGAAGAACUGGACCUGGAAAAUGUUAUAGAUUAUAUACUCAAAAAGCAUAUUUAAAUGAAAUGCCUAUUGUAACUAUUCCAGAAAUACAAAGAGCAAAUCUUGCUGAUAUUGUUUUAAUAUUAAAAGCAAUUGGAAUUAAUAAUGUUAUUGAUUUUGAUUAUAUGGAUCCUCCAAUGUAUAAUACAUUAAUUAGUGCUUUACAUCAUCUUUAUGCUAUUAGUGCAUUAGAUGAUAAUGGAAAAUUAACUCAACUUGGAAGAAAAAUGGCAGAAUUUCCUUUAGAACCACCUUUAUCAAAAAUGUUAAUUGUAUCAGAACAAUUUGGAUGUAGUGAAGAAAUAGUAACAAUUGUAGCAACUUUAAGUGUUGGUAAUUUAUUUAUUAGACCAAAAGAAAAAGAAGAAGAAGCUGAUAGAAGAAAAAGACAAUUAAGUAAUUCAGCUGGUGAUCAUUUAACAAUGUUAAAUAUUUAUAAUGAUUGGAUAAAAAAUCAAAAAUCUCCUAGUUGGUGUAAAGAAAAUUAUAUUAACUUUAGAUCUUUAUAUAAAUCUGAAGAUAUUAGAAAUCAAUUAAUAAAAAUAAUGAAAAAAUAUAAUAUUCAACUUAUUUCUUCUCAUAAUAAUCCUAUUCCAAUUAUUAAAUCUAUUGUUUCUGGAUUUUUUGUUCAUGCAGCAAAAAGAGAUCCUCAAGAAGGUUAUAGAACUUUAGUUGAUGGUCAACAAGUAUUUAUUCAUCCUACUAGUUCUUUAUUUGGAAGAAAUCCUGAUUGGGUUAUAUAUCAUGAACUUGUAUUAACUACUAAAGAAUAUAUGAGAGAAGUAAUAGCUAUUGAUCCUCAAUGGCUUAUUGAAUUAGCACCAGCAUUUUAUCAAAAAUCAGAUGGAUCACAAAUUAAUGAAAGAAUGAAAAAAGAAAAAUUAAAACCAUUAUUUAAUGGAAUAAAAAAAGAUCAAAAACCAUGGAAAGUAUCUCAUAGAACAAUUAUUGGAUCAUCUUAUCAUUAA